AUGUGCGGAAAACAUGGUAUUAACAAGGUGGCAAUGAUGCAAAAUGGAAUUGUCCUGGUACGAUUUGACAGUGCUGAAGGGAAGAAUGAGGUAAUACAAGGGAGUAUUUACCACUUUGAUAAUAAGCCACUAAUUGUGAAAGCUUGGGACACAGAUAUGGAGUUCAAUAGGGAUGAAUUAUAUUCUGUCCCUAUUUGGCUUAAACUUCCUGGAUUGGACUUCAAAUAUUGGAGUGCUAAGGGGUUGAGUAAGUUAGGGAGCCUGAUUGGUAAGCCACUAAUGGUAGACAUAAACACAGAGAAGAAGGUAGGAUUAAACUUUGCUAGGAUGCUAGUAGAAGUAAAGAUAGACUCUCCACUGUCCGAAAUCAUCAAGUUCAGAAAUGAGAGGGGCAAUAUUAUUGAACAAAGAGUGACUUAUGAAUGGAAACCAUCCAUUUGUAAGGUAUGCAAACAAUAUGGGCAUACUGAGGAACAAUGUAGGAGAAAUAAGCAGACUGCACCAGUGGGGGGAGUGAAAGAGGCGGAGAUUGUGCAAAGAGGAGGUAAGGAAGUGCAAACUGAGAAUAAUAUUGUCAAGGAGGUCACAAUAAAUGAACAAGGACAAAACAAGAAUUGGAACAGGGGUGGAGGAUGGAGAAGGCAACAAGGAGGUAAAUGGCAAGGAGAAAACGCAGAAUCUACCAGAAAGGAGCAUGGCAAUGUCACAAAAGUAGACAACAGUACUGGUUGA